AUUCGAACCAUAUGAGCCUUCCGCUGUGUCGUAAACGAAUUGAAUACACAGAUGAUGAUGAUGAUAAGAGAAGAGUCCUGCAGUUGUCGUUGGUUUGGUGUCGUUCGUGUGUCGUGUUUUCAAAUUAUGAUACCGAGGAGUGAACGCGACUUGAACGCGACUUGAAACAAGGUUAUCAUGUUGGUUGUGAUUGGACUUGUGGUAUGUAUUGGAGGCACGGUUUUGGGCAAGCUGACAGGGGACCAUGUCUGUCAAGAAGAACAAAGACACAAAGUCAACGUAACCGAGUUCUUUGUGCGAAACUCAACUGUUAGAAAUUAUGAGUGGUGUCUUAACGUGCCUCCAAGAUGUUCUUUUUACACCACAAGACUUCUCAACGAGUCCAAAAUUGUGGAAAAAGAAAUCACUGAUCUCAUUGACAAAUGUUGCCCUGGAUACGUCCAAAAUGGCGACAUUUGUACGCCAUCUUGUCCCGACUGCCAAAAUGGACGGUGUGAUAAUGGACGCUGUCGGUGUUUCCCCGGAUUUAAGGGCGAGACGUGCGCCACAAGUUGUUUGAGGACGGAGUGGGGGGAGGACUGCAAAUUCAACUGUUCGUGUGAUCACGGGGUCUGCGAGCCGACCAAUGGCAAGUGCGUCUGCGACGCGGGGUGGAGCGGCAGCAGGUGCCAAUCCCUGUGCCCCCUUGGCUUUUGGGGCCCCAACUGUCACGAGCAAUGCAUGUGCAACCCUGACGAGUCAUGUGACCCCAUAACGGGCCAAUGCGAUCAACUAUCAACCACAUCAACCCCCACCACUGUUUUGAUCAACACUAUUCAACUAAAAAACAACGGAAAGUUUGAAACUGACCAAAAUGGCCUACUGUCAACGACGAUAUUGACGACAAGUAUUGUCGACAAUAUCAUGUCGGAUUCGAAUCGACGAUUUCUAUUGACAACAAAUCGCCCCAAAUUGUCAAAUGACGAUAUGGUGGACGAAGAAAGGGAUAAUUUUGUCAAUAGUGCCAGUGCUGCCACUGCCAUCUCACUUGGGGUGAUUUUGGUGGCGGCAGUGAUAGUGGUGGUGAACCAUUUUAGGACAAAAGGGGGGAAAAAGGAGGUGUCGACAGUGGCUGUGUACACACACAGUAUUUUCCACACACCUUUGCCAGAGCCCCCAACGUUUGAAAACCCGAUUUUCGCCGCCCCCGAGGCCGCCCCCGAAGGCCAACGUUUCGAAGCACAUGUUGUCUGCAGUAUGAAUUUUCCAACCCACUCUUCUAAGGGUGAUCCGAGAGAGUAUUUAUACGAUCAUCCCCCUUCUACCGGGAGUUACAGAGCAGCUUCGAUUCCAGAACCCCCCGAGAAUGAGCCCCCAAGCCCCAUUUUUGAGCCCGUUUACGACGAAAUUCCCUCAGGAAUGCUCCCAACCCCCAUUUCGGAGCCUCCGCCCUCGUACAAGGCCGCCUCUUUGUAUAUGAAUACGUGCGGCAAGACGCGGUUUUAAUGUUGUGUUCGAUUUUUUAUUAAUUUAAGUUCAAGUGCCAUUAUUUUUUACAAGAGAUGUAACCGUGUAUGUAUUAUUAAUAAAUAAAAAAUUGAUAUAAGUGUU